CCUUAAUAUCUAUCCCCUCCACUCCCUUCGUGACCCAAGCACAUUCGGGAUUAGGUCUGGAGCACAUAAGGGAUUUGGAGUCCGUCCGUCGUCUGCUGGAAGACCGCCCUUCUUUUGCUACCCGAAGCUGGCUCUGAUUAGAUAUGGUUACUUCCCGUCCAGAGGACGUACCAGAUGGUCUGCUAGUAGAACAGCAAAUGCAGAUGUGGAGGCAUCUUCAACAAGUCGAAGAGGCAGAGGUCGUGGUCAUACCAUGCGCAGCAUUCCUCCACCUUGUGAUACAGUGUGGAGCCCAAAGCUGUUUGGUUCUCAGAAACCAAACAUCUUGCAUGAGGUAUUUCAAAAAUGCAGUCCAUUCAAGAUAAGUUUGAUGGAAGAUAUCACUUUGGAUGGGAUGGUUCAUAUUCCUAAGCAGUCAUGGAAUCGGCAAUUCUCUCUUUGGACAUUGAACCAAACCAAAGCAGAUGGGGAGCCCAUUGAAUUUGAGUACCCGGAUGGUGUGAGCACCAAUUUAUCCCUCACAUGUACAUCAGAUUUUAGGAGUGCGAGCCGAGGGUACACACAUUUCUGUAUUGGAUGACGAUGUCCCAAAAGAGAUAGAGGAUGAAGUACGAAUGGUCUUGGGGGUUGACGAGCUGACCAUCAUGAGUGCCAUGGAAGUUGUUGAAAGAUCCAUCGAUGAACAUAGUACAAAGGAAGAGCAGGACGCUUUCCAAGUUGGAGUGGUCAUUUUGUCAUUUUCACUUAUGCUGGACUGCAGAGAACGAGAUCCGAAAAAGCCUAGAUUUUUACUGCCUCAUCUGACUAGUAUUGACAAGUUGAAACAAGUUAACCUAGCACAGUGUGUGCUUGAUUGUAUUGGUAUUGCUGCUAGAAAGGUUCAAGAUGCGAAGAGAAAUGGUUAUUGCACUUGCACAGUUGGCGGAUGUUGCCUUGUACCACAGAUAUUUUAUUUGGACUUGGUCAAUUUUGGAGUUGACAAAGCACCACCCGAUGUAUUUCCGCGAAUCAGAUGCUAUGGGAAGACGAAACUAGACAUACUUAUAAAUUUGGACAAGAAUUGUCAUAGUGUUAAUCUAAGCCAGUGGUAUGGUUAUUACAAGAGGAAUAAUCAGGUUAAGUCUGAGCACAGAAGGGCAAGUGAAGCAUCAGGAUCAAGAAGGAGAAACAAGAAGUAUAAAAGUGACAGGCAAUCUAGGAAACUCCGACGUUACAAUGCGUUGGUCAAGAUUGUUGAAGAUCAUCACGCGGGAGAUGGAUACAUUGUGGAAGACUUAAAACGACAUAUUGAUAAGCGCAAGAACCUUCUUCUCCAUCUGAUAGCAGACCAUAUGGAAAAUGAGAGCUCUAGUUCAUGUGAUGAAUCAGAGGAACAUACGACAAGUGAUGUACAUGGGAUGGAAGGUCUGCAUGGUCAAGAUCAGUUGGUUCAUGACGAGACGGUGACAGGCAAUACAUCUUCUAAGCGACCAAGUCGUCUCCCCCGAAAUCCUGGUGUGUGGAUAAGGGAAGAAGAAGUUGGAAACAAAGGUUUGGAAGUUCCAGCAUACCAAAAUGAUGAGAACGUUGGUCAGGACAGCAACAUGAGUCAGGUCGGAGAUAAACGACGAGCAGAAGUUGCAACGAACUCAGGCAGCCAGUCCUCUAAAAGGUGCAAAUUGACUGGAAAUGAUGCUGAAAUAGCAGGAAAUGAUUCGCACAAUGGGGUUCAAGGUCUUGAAGGACCUUCUGCUCUUCCGGAUGUUGAAGAAGGAGACCAUCGCAUGAAUGAAUCAGCAGUGCCAGAGGAAGUACCUCAAAAAGAUACAUCUUUGGAUGUACAUAAUGCAAUAAAAAUUUUAGUUGCAGAAGAACUUGGACUUCUGAAGGACACAUGCGCCAUACGUCCAGGAAGCAAACCGCUAACUGGAUUGCGCCGACUGAAAAAAAGACUCUCAAGGAGGGGUGCCCGUCCUGAACAGGUUGGUGAAGAGAAGGAGGAUGAACAACAAGAUGAUAAUCAGGAACAUAAUGUAGUUGGAUCAGCUUCCAACAAUGAUGUUCCUGUUUCAUCAAGUAACGCAGAUUGCAACAAGGAGAAAGAGCUCAUCCCAGAUAUGGUUCCUAUGGGGAAUGAAGAUGUCAUUAUUCAGGAUGUGUUGAAAGAUAUUGAAACCGGUGAAUUUAGUAGGCAUGAAGAACAAUAUGACGAGGUACGUGUAGAAGAAGAAAGACAUGUUGAAGUGGCAGUUGAUGAGGGAAAAGAAUCGACAAUUAUAGGACAUCUGAGCGAGGAGAAAUCAGAAGUACCCCAUGGUUUGGCUGGAGGUUCAGACAGCACAAAUUCAGGAAAUGUCAAUGAUCUGGUAAAUAGUUUCUUCGUCACGACACCUGUGGAACAGACAAUGGCAGAUCCAGUUGCUAUGGGGAAUGAAGAUGUCAUUAUUGAGGAUGUACUGAAAGAUAUUGUAACCAGUGAAUGUACUAGGCAUGAAGAACAAUAUGACGAGGUACGUGUAGAAGGAGAAAGACAUGUUGAAGUGCCAGCUGACGAGGGGAAAAAUCGACAAUUAUAGAUGAGUUGUACAAUAUGGAUACUAUGAAUGAACCUGAGGAUCCUAUCUCUGACAAAACUCCUCAAUGCCUCUUACAAUUUUCAAUAACUUUGAUGAAAACAUAGCGCUAGGCGAACCUGAUGGAGACAUAAACGAGAAAGAUGCAUCAGUCCACACCUUAUGUAUGAAGGUGUACGAGAGACGGAAUUUGGGCAAGAAAGUAUACAGUAGAGCCCUUAGGAACAACAAGGAGGAGGUCGAAGGCCCUGCUGCGCUCACAAAUGAAGGAGCAAGUACGUUUUAGAAAGGCUGAAGUGAGAUCUUCUCCAUACAUAAUGUGUGGAAGAAUGUGUUAAGAUUGGUGAAUUGUCGAACUCUGUAGGCAAUGUUGUUUUGUUGAGAAGAUGAUACUGCCUAAAUCAAAUAGUGUGAUAUUUUGGAUGUACCAAUGUAACAUCAAAAUAGCUUGUCUGAUCAUGUGAUAUUUUGGAUGUACUGGAAAUGAAUGUACCAUCCUACUAAAAAAGAAUGUACGUGCGUGUGUUAUUUUGGUUGGUGGUACUAAAAAACAAUGCACGAUGUCGUUGAUAUGAUUGAAGAGAAGGAUGUGAGUUAGUUGAA